AUGACGGGCGAAGCGAUGACGUCACGCGUAUCAGCUGUCGGGGGAAAUCCGGUCGCGCCCCACCUUCAGCCACCCAACGCCAACCACCCUGUGCAGGCGCUACGAACUGACGACAUUGAGGUACAGGUCAUCGAACAGGCUACCGAGCUGCACUCGAACGAGCGAAAGAGUUCUACCGCCGGGCCACCCGUAGCCAGUGGCAAACAAAGUGCCUCCAGGACCGCACUGCUUCCCCCGUUGUCCGUAGGAGCACCAGCAGCCACUACUACCGCCACGGCGGCAAACGGCGGUCGGCCAUCGCUGAAGAACCCGGUCGGUUGGGUUUGCUGUGCACCGUGCAUAUGGCUUAGGGGUUCAUCGGCAGUUCACAAAAUGGCAAUUACGGCAGCCACCCUACUAGUUACAACUCUGCUCGUUGCAUCGCCCAUACUGUUCCUAAUCUCGGCCGCACCGUCACAUCUGCCGAAAGAUUGCUACGUAACGGACGAUCACGAUUGCCAUCCGACACCGGCUCCCCCACCGGAGUGUUCGGACUCCAUCUGUCGGGCGGCAGCCAUCAGCAUACAGGCUCGGAUGAACUGGGAGGUGGAACCCUGUCGGGAGUUUAAAAAUUACAGUUGCUCUCCGCUGGAAGGCAAUAGCUUAAGAGCAGUUAAAAGCCCACAAGAAACAGCCGACAUUCAAAUGCAGCAGCUGCUGUCACUCAAUACGACCGCCGGUCUAUUUCGAAAACUAGGCCGCCUGUAUGGCAGUUGCUUGCGGCAGACAUUAAAUGAUUCCACAAUUAAAAUACGGCUGGACAAACUGGGUGGCUAUUUGCAAAUUGGCUCGGUGGGACCACAAAGCAUUUCACCUCUGAUAUCGAAAAUUCAAAACAUUGGUCCAAUGCCGAUCAUCGGCAUUUACUAUGAUUUGAGUUAUGGUCGCAAACCACAAACGUUACUAAUAAUUGAUGGCCCAGCAACAUCGUCUCACAUUUUAGAGAACCCCGUUCGAUGGCAAGGACCGAAGGCGGCACCAAACGACGUGAAGGAAGAUAUACCAGAACUCUUGGAACCGUUAAUCAAUUUAUUUCUACCGCCGGGACUCAGCAGUGACCAGAGGCAGUCGGAGAAAAAUGUAUUAUUUAGCUUUGUUCGUGGUUUGAAUCAGAUUCGAAGGGAUUACGUACAGAAAGACUUCACGCACAGCUACGUGCUGAACAAUGUUACGGCGCUUAUCAACACGCACCCAUUCUUACUAUGGCAAGAUUUAUUGCCUGCCAAUUGGUCCGGACCGAUCGUUAUUCGAAGCCCAGCCUAUUUGGAGCACCUGCGGAAACUGUUUCUAAGCUACCAGAAUCGGGUGAUUCACAAUGCACUGCUGCUGUUAUUUGCGCUGAACACGCUACCGCCGGGACGACCAUCGCCGCUCGUCUGUGCCAAAGCGACCAACUGGGCUCUGCCGGAAGUAACGUCGGCGCUGUUUAUCGGACAGUAUAGCGAGCAGGUCAUUGCACACGCCAUCCAUCGGACGGAGGAAAUGUUCGAAAACAUGAAGCAGCACCUGAAGCGGGCCCCGUCGCUUCGGGGCGCUGCACUAGUACGGCUUUCGCAGCUCAAGGUACAGGCCAAGGUUUGGCCGACACUGUUCAAUCGGACGGAGAUCGCUUCCAUUCUGGAUCAGAUCGAAAUCAGCUCAGACAACUGGUUUGAAAAUGUGCUCAAAAUUUAUCAACUGAACAAUAACCGAUCGUCCGUUUGGAAUGUUUCUGGGGAGUCAACUCAUACUGCAUACGCCUACCCUCAAAUCGCUCGCAUUUUCUACGACACGCUAAGCCACUCGAUAGUGGUACCCCUGUCUGCGAUUCUGGUACCGUACUUCAAUCCCGUACUGCCACCGUACCUGCAUUAUGCCACACUCGGAACGUCACUGGCCAAGGAAAUCCUUCGAUCGAUAACGAAAGCAUUCGAGAGCAAGAUUAUGCAGUGCGUGCCCAACUCGGUCGAUGUGUUCUCCAACGCGAGCCGUAUGGAUUUACUGAUCUACUCGGGUGGAAUGCAGAUCGCCUAUCAUACGUUACUGUCGCUGUCAGGACCAAUCAAGGGCAUGAACCGGCUGCCCGGUUUAAGUCUAACACCACCGCAAAUCUUCUAUUUGAUGUCCGCGCAGGAGUUGUGCGCUGAAGCCGAGUAUAAUGGGAUCGAUGUUCAGUCGAAUGAUUUCGAUGAAAUACUAACGUGGCUGAUCUCGCAGGGUGGAAGUGCCUCGGACGUGUUCCAGUGCCACUCAAGCACAAUGCUCAGUUUUCAGAAGAACUGCGACAUCUGGUAG